AUGCUUCCGGUAGCAGAGACAGCAGUUGAAUUUAGACGGCUGACUCCGUCUCGCCCGUCGACCCACCCUCUCAACCAUGGAGCAUCAGCUGUAGCCAAAGACGCUUAUGCGCCAAAAGCACGUCUGUACAUACGACAGUCAGGAGAAAAGCCGGCUAAAACAGGGAACGUCGUGUCCCAAGGAUCCAGGUUCCUUGAUUUGCUCCAUGCCUCUGUCCCCCCUCUCUCCCCUCAUGGGGGCCGGUCCCUGGCUCCUAUCACGGAGAUGGAGGGUGGGGACGACUUCAAGCUCGGUGGUUCUGUCAAUUUGGGGCUUAUCCCGAACUGA